AUGCGGGGGUGGGUGGGGCGAGGCCUGUGCGUGGCCCUGGGCUUGGGGGCGGGGGCGGCGUGGGGAAGAAAGCCGGGGGUGUUUGGGGAGGGGGCGGUGGUGGAGGCGGGGGCGUCGGCCCUGAAAUACGGGGCUCCGGAGCCCCGGGGGCUGCAGGUGCGAGGGGGCUAUGUACUGAGCUACGACGCGCGGAGUCGCGGGGCGCGUUGGGUGCUGGAGCGGCUGCGGGCCGAGGAGCUGCGGGGCCCCGCACGACGCCGGGCCUGCGCCUUCCGCCCCGACCCCGACCUGCACCCCUAUCACCGGGCCACCGACCUCGACUAUCGCCACAGCGGCUUCCAGAGAGGACACCUGGCCGCCGCCGCCAACCACAGCCGCAGCCAGGCCCGCAUGGACGACACCUUUCUUCUCAGCAACGUCGCCCCGCAGGUGCCCCACCUGAACCAGCACGCCUGGAACAACCUGGAGAAAUACUGCCGCAGCCUGACCAGCAUCUACAAAAACGUUUACGUCUGCACCGGCCCCCUCUUCCUACCCAGGCAGGAGGCCGACGGGAAGAUGUACGUCAAGUACCAGGUGAUCGGUAAGAACCACGUGGCGGUGCCCACCCACUUCUUCAAGGUGCUCAUCCUCGAGGCGGAGGGCGGGCUGGUAGAGCUGCGAUCUUAUGUGAUGCCCAACGCCCCGGUGGACGAGACCAUCCCGCUGGACCGUUUCCUGGUGCCCAUCGAGAGCAUCGAGCGGGCCUCGGGCCUGCUCUUUGUGCCCAACAUCCUCAAGAGGACGAAUAAGCUCAGGGCCAUCACGCCGGGGGACAAGUGAGGACGCGUGGCUCGGGGGCCAGAGGGUUAAAUUAAGUUAUUUUUCGAGACAAGAAGUGGUCGCGAGGCCUAGCGUGA